AUGUCGUCUGAAAGUCUUGUCCCUCUCUCCCAGGGAGCUGGAUAUGGUGUUGUGGUGGGCAUCGGUCUGGUUUUUGGUAUCGGCAUGGUACUGGUCAACCGUUUUCUCGAGCGAUAUCUCAAUGAAAAGUCAGACCAUACGGAGAUGUUCAUGGUUGCGAACCGCAGCGUGGGAACAGGGUUGACAGCGUCGGCUGUGGUAUCGUCUUGGAUGUGGGCGACUGCUAUUAUCUGGACUACAGCCCAAGGCUACCUGUAUGGAAUUGCAGCUCCAUUUUGGUAUGCGGCUGGAGUUUCCAUCCAGAUUGCGUUGAUGACAGUUUUGGCUAUUCAUGCCAAAGUCAAGGUGCCUAAUGGACAUACUGUUCUAGAGAUCGUGCGAUUGCGUUAUGGCACGGCGGCACAUAUCAUUUACAUCUUCCUCUGCUUCGCCACGAAUUUAUUAUCCGUCACUGCAAUGAUUCUCGGCGCUGCAGGUGUAAUAACCUCACUGACAGGAAUGCAUAUUGUUGCUUCAACCUUUUUAUUGCCCCUAGGUGUGAUUGUUUAUACGGUUGCAGGAGGACUGAAGGCGACUUUCUUGACUGAUUAUGUACACACGCUGAUUGUUAUGGUAAUUCUGGCAUUCCUCACUAUCAAAGUGAUCAACAAUUCAGCCAUCACCGGCCUCAGCUCUUUCUACGAUGUGUUAGUCGAAGCGGACAAGACAAGAGACAUCCCGGGAAACUAUAAGGGCUCCAUUCUCUCAUUCAAAUCGAAGAGUUCUAUUAUUUUUGGCUUGGUUCAUUCUUUCGGAGACUUUGCUCUGGUAUUAUGGAUACGAGUUUUUGGCAGAAGGCCAGGAUAUAUGCUAGGAGGAAUUGCUUAUUUCGCGGUGCCGUGGGCUGUUGGAACAACCACUGGUCUCGCUGCGAUUGCCUUGGAAAGAUCUCCUAUAUUCCCAACGUACCCAAGAUUGAUGACGACGGAAGAAAUCAACGCUGGCUACGUCCUCCCGUACACCGUCAUGGCCAUAGCCGGAAAAGGAGGUGCCUGGGCAUUACUUCUCGUCGUGUUCAUGUGCGUGACCAGCACAACUUCCGCUGAAUUGAUUGCCGUUUCCAGUAUAUUCUCUUUCGACAUCUACCGGACUUAUAUCAACCCGAAAGCCCAAGAUCAUCAGGUCAUUCGAGUAUCUCACUGGACGGUUAUCGUUUUCGGGGUUUUUGCAUCUGCGUUUGCAACUGCUCUUCACUACGGAGGCAUUGAUUUGAAUUGGAUGGGAUACUUUUUGGCUACGAUUAUCUGUCCGGGGAUGUUUCCGUUGGCUUUUACUAUACUGUGGAAAAAGCAAUCUGCACCAGCUGCGACUAUUGCUCCGCUUUUAGGCUUGGCAAGUGGUAUUGCGGUCUGGUUGGGAACUGCGUACGCAUAUAGUGGGGAGUUGAGCAUCUUAUCCACAGAGGCACAAUUGCCUUGUCUCUGGGGAGCGCUCACUUCGACGUUCUCUUCGGCAAUCUACUCGAUUCCCGAUGACUUUGACUGGAGAGUGUUCCUACUAUUGAGCGAGGUCAAAGACGAAAGUGACGAAGAUACCUCAACAAACAGUCCCGUCAAAGAUAUUAAAGAUCUCAAUAGUGUCACGCAUCCAUAUCCGCCUCAGGAGUUGAAACGAAUGAACCGAGCUGCUACUCUAGCAGCUAUCUUCAGCGCGAUAAUCGGGCUUGUUACCUGGGUCGUAUGGCCAUUGCCAUUAUACAGGGACUACAUAUUUGGUAAAUCAUUCUUCAUGGGUUGGACCGCUGUUUCAGAGAUAUGGUUAUUCUUCUGCAUUCUGGUUGCGGUCGUAUAUCCAGUCGUUGAUGGUCGUAAAGUCCUGGCACGUGCAUUCACCCUGUUCUAUCAAUCUCUCUCAGGGAAGAAAGAUUUACAGUCAACUAGUCCGCAAGGUGAGACCUCUCCAUCUCCUGCAGAGGUGAAAGAAGCUGCUGUCUCCGUUCAGAACCGUUCGGGGGUUUUGGAAAAGUCGGACUAA